AGUGUGUGCCGCCCCCGGAAGGCAGGGGCGGGCGGCGCGGCAAGAUGGUGGCCGCCGGGCGGCUGCGCGCUCGGCUGUGCGCUUGGCUGUGCCUGGCGCUGGCGGGCGGCUCGGCCGCGCUGGGGAAGCAGGGCCCAGUGAAGGAGCUGUCGGACGGCACGUGGCGGGAGCUGCUGCAGGGCGAGUGGAUGGUGGCGUUCUACGCCCCUUGGUGCCCCGCCUGCCAGAGCCUGCAGCCCGAGUGGGAGAAGUUCGCCGGGUGGGGCGAGGACCGGGAAGUGAACGUUGCCAAAGUGGAUGUCACGGAGCAGCCGGGAUUAAGUGGACGAUUUAUCAUAACAGCUCUUCCUACCAUCUAUCACUGUAAAGAUGGGGAGUUCAGGAGAUACCAGGGUGCAAGAACUGUAGCUGAUUUCGUAAAUUUCAUCAGUGACCAGGAAUGGAAAUCUAUUGAACCAGUUUCAUCAUGGUUUGGUCCUUCCUCUUUCCUGAUGAGCAGUAUGUCAGCUUUGUUUCAGUUGUCCAUGUGGAUCAGGCACUGCCGUGGCUAUUUAACAGAAAAUGUUGGAAUACCGGUCUGGGGCUCAUAUGCUGUUAUUGCGUUGACAGUUGUAUUCUCAGGAGUAAUACUGGGACUUAUGAUGGUGUUCUUAUCAGACUGCAUCUGUCCAUCCAAAAGGCGCAGACCCCCACAGUACUCUGAUUCAGGAAAGCUAGCUCCAGAGUCAGCUCAGCUGCCAAAAAAGCUGGAUGAAGAGCAAGAAGCAGAUGAGGAAGAUAUCUCAGAUGGUGAAACGGAGGGUAAAGAGGAGUCCACCUCAUCACCGAAUGCUGUUAGGCAGCGCCCAGUGAACACUGCUGCUACAAUGGCUAAAUCUUAGUUUUAUUUGCAUGCAGGAUUAGUGUUUGAGUCACCAACUCAAAAGGAAAUAAAUAUCAAAUCCUUCAGCUUGAAGGGAAGAAUGACUCCUGUCAUGGUAAUACUGAUGUGUUUCACAAAUUUUGGGGGGGGAAAAAAGCAUCUUUGGCAUCAGAUAUUCAAAACUAAAAUAUGCUGUUGCUAAUGGCUGAAACUUCUCCUGUCUGUGCAGAGAAGUGCCAAGAAGUAAUUUGUGUGGCUUCUUGAAUGACUUGUUCUAUAGGGAUUUAUUUUUUUUAACAGAGUGUAAAGCAGUGUACUUGUUGCAUUAGGGAACAUUAGCAAGGAAAAUGCACUAACCUGUUUGCUGUUAAAGUAUUCAGAAAGGUUUCUCAGUAUAAAUUUAUCUAAUUGUACUCUGAAGAAAUGCUGAGGGGAAAAGUUCCUUCAGUUACGGGACAUGUUCCAGGCUUUUCAUGUGACAAAACCUGCUUUCUGCUGUGACAAUGAGUGCUAUAAACCCCUCCAAUCUUUCUUCCAAAGAGGUUAAAGUCGCUGUCUUCAUUCAGAGGAACAGAGGUUGUGUUCUGAACAAAAACUAGAGAGCUUGUCUCUGCCAUCCUCCCAGAUGGAAAUUACCACCAGCACUUUGUGUAACGUGGAUCCUCUGGCUGACCAGAAACCUACUAUUUACAUAGACUUCUUUUAGAAAAGGCUGUAGAAAAAUAUGUGAGUUUCUUGGCUAAGUAAUUCUUCUCUAGAGAAAUUACAAAUAGCACCAUGAAGUCUUGUUUGUCUCAGUGACUCUGAUUCAGGUAGGAAUAGUUUACAUCUAGGGUUCUCUGCUGAGUGCAAAACCUGUUCAUUCAUCCUGCUGAGUGGCAGUAAAUCAUCAGUGAUUUCUGCUCAAUCAAAUUUUACUGCAAAUUCAGUCGGGCUGUAUCUGGUCUGAAGUUGAAGUAACUGCUUCUGAAUUUCUUUUGCAGAAAGUAAUCUUUUCUAUUUUUGCUAAACCCUCUUGAAACAAAAUACCCUGAUUCUUUCUUUAAAAAAAACUGUAGUCUGCUGUUUUCUGUAUGGUAUUUGUUUUUACUCUGUAUAGAAAUAAAAAGAAUGCACAUGCGCAUUGGACCAAGUGUUACCUUGCAUCGCUUGUAAAGAAUUUUCCAUAUUCUUUCAGUGAAUUUCCAAAUUAUUUGUGAGGGAAGAACUGGCCUAAUAUUGAGCACACAUAGGUGUUUUGACAAGCCUGGUUUUGCUUUUUUUUUUUUUGGUUUCAGUUUGGGGUUUUGUUUGUUUUUAUGUUUUAGUUGGCUUUUUUUUUUUGAUGUUGAUCUGAGUGGGUUUGCAGGACUGGCAGUUGAUAAAUCUGUGUCGAUAGUAAACUUGGUCGUGAGUAAUUAAGACCACAAACCUAGAAAACCUCUUGAUAUUUUCAUGCAGCCUCACUCUAAAGCCAGGCUCUCCUAGUGAUCAUUAAGAGGACAGAGCAUCAGACAAGGAGUUCGUAAUGAACUCUGUGGGAUAUGAAAGAUAUAUUGGAAAAAACAAUAAUUGGAGCUCUCGCAGGUGAAUCUGCUUGUAAAGCUGUCAGGAAUACACCAUGGUUUUUGUCAGUCUUGAAUGCUUCUUUGUAAGUGGCAUUUGAAGUAUAUCUGAUAGAUCAUAACUCAUCCUCCACGUUGCGUAUGGAAAAAAGCGAUUCAGCUAUCCAACUACCCAAGUGAAUCUUCCAACAAGUUCUUAGGUGAGUAGGAAUGAGUUGUUCUGUAAGAUGUUCUGGAACUUCCUCCUUUGACAACUUCUUUUUUCUAUUCCUGGACAUUGGUGCCCUGGAACGACUUAGGACUUCAGUGCUGGGUUAAGUGUUAGGGAGAUAUAACUGAUGCUUGAAAGGGUCCUUGUAAUUAAAAUCUGAGUGCUCCUGUCAUUUUUAAAUACCAAACUUUUCCUGGUGUUUGAAUGAAGACCACUGUGUGCCAUAAAUGCCCUUAAAGGUGUUGGGCUUAUGGGAUUGCCUUAAAUUCUCUAGAAGCUUAGAUUUUAGCCUUUGUCACUAGUAAAAUAAAGCAAUAAAUCUGUGAUAUGCUGAAGAGAACUAGUAGCACAGUCUCUGAUAAAUGGUGUGUUUCAUUAGUUUUGAGAGGGCUUGAGAAGACGGGAUGCAGGAAUGCUGUAUGCUUUCCUUUGUUCCUGUGUUGUUAGGGGAAGAGUGUUGAAUUGUUUUAAAAGUGGAAUUAUACGGGCUGACUCCUGGGAAUAUAUUUAAAUGUAGCUGUUAUACAUGCAGGGGUUUCUACUUUUUCAGUUACUUUAAAACUGUUUGUGCAAUAUAGAAAGUAUAUACUGAUAACUUUUGGCUAACUUUUAACAGAACAAACCACCUCUUUUUUUUUUCUUGCUGUAUUUCUAGACUCCUGGUUUAACAAGAACUUCUAGCACUAAUUUACCUUGCCUUUGCCUUCUGCACACCUACCUUUUCUUACUGCCUCCCUGCCUUAGGCAAGUAACCAAAUUUCAAAACUGCCUCUUAGUGGUGUUUCUGGAAUCCAGCCUCUGUGGCAGACCUAUGCUUGUGAUUAGUGUUAACUUCUGUUUUGAUUAUCCAUAGGCAGACUGUGUUUGCAGAUCUCUGUAAAUCUUACUGUUUGUAUUUUUAAUAACGUUAUGGUUUUGUCCUGUGAAUAUUUAAGUUUCUUCAUAUUUUUUUUAAAUAAUUUAAAAAAAUAGUCUGUAUUCCAAAGAUGUUUACUGAGGCUGAGCGAAGAUUGCAAUGUAACAAAUGUGUAUAAGAGCCUGUCUUUUGUGUGUAUUGAUGAUGCUUGAGUAUCAAUUUUGUAAAAGUCAGACAGUCUUUCCGUAUUACCACCUUGACCAAGCAUGUCCAGCCAGUUUCAUUCCAGAAGAAUUAAUUACCUGUAACAGUACUUUUCUUUUUCGAUGUUUCUGAGAGUCUUCAAGUAAAAAAUAAUCACCAGCUUUGGA